GUCGCCCGUGGCGUGUGCCGUGCGGUGGUGGUUCGACAAGGAGAUGAAAUGAGAAUUCGCGACCCACGGAUUUUUCGAUUUUGGCGAUCUCGCUGAGGGCGGUGCGCGACGAAUUCGAUAGAGGCGCGUCUGAGACAUUAAAAAAAAUGCCGACCGCUAUUUCUAGCGCGCAAAGGUGAUAGCUGGCACAGUAAUCCCGUCUAUUUAUAGUUCACCGAGGGUUAUGGAAUUAUUAACGGCAAAAGUCUUUGUUUUUUAACGGUCGUAAAAACGGAAACGACAUGGCGUAUAAGCGAAAAUCGAUUUUUGCGGAUAUUUGCAGCCGCCAGUACGGGGUUAAGAUUAACGAUUUCGCGACCACAGCAAAGGACGAUCCGAGUCUGAUUCAGCGGUUGGCGCUGAUAAAAUCGCUGCAAGUGCACCAGGGCUGCGUCAACACGCUUUGCUGGAACGAAAAAGGGAAUUUGAUCCUAUCAGGCUCGGACGACCAACAUUUAGUGAUCACAAAUGCUUAUAAUUACCAAGAAGUAGCUAACUAUUCCACCAGUCAUCACGCAAACAUUUUUAGUGCAAAGUUUUUACCCGCUACUAAUGACACCCAAUUGGUUUCGUGCUCGGGGGAUGGGGUCGUUUUACAUACAGAUCUCAACCGGCCACAGGAAACAUACCACAAUCAGUUUACAUGUCACGGAGGAACCACGACCUAUGAGGUUAUGACUAUACCAAAUGACCCUAACACUUUUCUAAGCUGCGGCGAAGACGGUACCGUCCGUUGGUUCGAUCUCAGAACCAAAACUAGUUGCUCGAAGCAAAAGUGUAAAGAGGACAUCUUGGUGUCAUGUCAGAGGGCCAUAACGGCUUUGACACUAAAUCCCAGAGCAACUUAUCAGUUGGCUGUGGGUUGUGCGGAUUCUGGGGUCCGUAUAUAUGACAGGAGAUAUCUGAGCACACAGCUGGGAGCGCAUCUUUUAGCGCAGCCUUUCUGCACCUUUGUCGCGCCCCGAUUGGACGAGGUGAGAUACUACCGGAUAACCUCGUUGAGCUAUGACGAGGACGGGCGGGACAUUUUGGUCAGCUACUCCUCCGAUUACUUGUAUUUGUUUAACAUCCAAGAGAACGACUCGAUCAAGUUCAAGGCGCCUGCCGCACCGGUAUCGCGGAAAGUCUCGCCUUGGGACAAGAUCAAAGCAGCUACGGGCAAACGCGAGCGUUUGUCUCCGCCCCCGGUAAGAAGAUUGAGGCUGAGGGGCGAUUGGUCGGAUACCGGUCCGGACGCUCGUCCCGAACGAGACGCGACGUCGACGGUCAGCAUCGGUCAGGCGAGGCCCCAGCUUCAGGCCACGCUGAUGCAACGCAUGACCGACGUGUUGUCGCGGAUGCUCAACGAUCCCAUGACUAGGGCGGCGCUCUCCGCUGGCGGCGAAGACUCCGUCGAUCCCGACGAGAACGCUCAGCGCAUGCUCGAGGCGAGAGAGGGCGGGACCGCCAGCCUUCAGGAAGGCGCAGGCGGCAGCAUGGAAACGGAUGACGGUCAACCGAGCGGCGGUUCGGAUCAGGAGGCGGCCGUUCAAACGUCAUCGUCGGAACCGGCAACGCCGCACCAAGAAUCGGCGCCCGAGGUUCGCGCCGGGGGCGGGGCUUCGGUGACGAGUCACCUCCACACUCACCUGACGGUCCUGAGGAACCUUCGGGAGGGUUUCAUUAAUCAGCACGGCGCUGAACCAUCGGUCAGCUUUAGAUACUCGCAGCAGAGCAUGUCGAAUUCGACGAUCAGUUUGCGGGUGAACCACAAUCGGUUCGGGGUCGAUGGCGGAGCCGCUUCGACGUCGGGCGACACCGGGGAACUUCGGCCUACGACGGAGGAAGCGCCCAGUGAAUUGAUGUCCGACGUGGAGCUAGACUACCCUGACUAUACUGGCUGCGUGGUAUCGUCCGAACCCGCCUCCGACAAGACGGAAGAGAAACAUAGCUACGAGGCGGAGUUUAAAAGGCAGUACAGAGGCCACCGAAACGCGAGGACGAUGAUCAAAGAGGCGACGUUCUGGGGUCGAGAUCACGUGAUGUCCGGUUCGGACUGCGGUCACGUGUUCAUAUGGGAUAGGCACACCGCCGAACUGAGGAUGCUCCUUCAGGCCGACCAGCACGUGGUGAAUUGUCUGAGACCACACCCCUUUUUGCCGAUACUGGCGACGAGCGGCAUCGACCACGACGUCAAGUUAUGGGCGCCCCAGCUGGACGAGUGCGGAUUCGACAAGUCGCUGGCCGACGAUUUAAUAAAUCGCAACGCGAUCAUGCUGGAGGAGACCAGGGAUACCAUAACGGUGCCCGCGACCUUUAUGAUUCGGAUGUUGGCCUGCCUGAAUCAGAUCAGGAGAGGCGCGCGUGCGCGAAACCGCAGAUCCAACGAGGACGACGGUUAGGUCGUCGUUUGUUUCCUAUGUUCUCGUCGGACUGUUGUUUUUUCUAUUACAUGUGGUUAGUUUGUUCUAGGGAUUUUUCCGAGUAAACCCUGUCCUAGUUGCCGUGCGAGAUAAUAUUUUUCUUACCGCGUAGAUUUAGGUGCGAUUGAGUUGUGUUUCUCCGUGACGUUGAUGAUUUUUUUGUGAUAUAGGAAAAUAUUAAAUAUUGUCGGAACGUUG